AUGGCAUUUGACAUCAGUUGGGACGUAAAUAAAUAUAAAGAGGACCACGAAUGCGAAGAGCAUUGGUUAUUGCGGAAAGCCUUUAUAGAAAAAUGGAAAAGUGAUUAUCCUGAGGAGAGGUUGAUUUGUAUGGCUCGUGUUUUCGCUAAUAUGGAAUUUAUGGGGUGCAGAUAUCCCGUGGAAGUAAUGCAAGAGGUUGCUAGGCUAUCUCAUGAUAUUGUGCAAAAUUAUAGAAAAUCAAAAAAAUCAAAACUACAGAGGACUUUUGUAUCAGCAUCUGAUGCAGCAGAAGACAGGGCUAAAGGCAUAAAAAGGGAAGGUGGUGUGAUAAAGGACAGCUCUUUGGCUAAAACAGCAAAAAUUAAUUUUGUUCGUCAAGGACAAGACGAGUCAGAUCUUGAUCCAAAUAGUGAUAGUGAAAAAACAAAUGAAGUAACGAAAGCAAUUGAAUGUAAAACGGACAAACCAAUUUCAAAUAUAGAAGAAGAAAAAUUGAGUUCAGACAUAUCCGACCCGUAUAACUAUUUGCAGGAAAUGCUGGAACUAGAAUGCUUAGAUUAUAAAGACUUUUCAGAAGAAAUGUUCAAUACCAAGUAUGGUAGAAUGGUUCUUUUGAUUCGGCCGUGGGUCAACAAAUUAAGUAACAUACAAGCGAGCUGUCAAGCGUGCCGCUUGCAGCUGAGCAGCACGUACGAGCAGAACACGUUCUCCCUGUACAUCGGCGGGCGGCUGGUGGGCGCGGCGCGGGCGGACACGCGCGCGGCGGCGCGGGCGCUGCUCGAGCGGGACGCGUGGGAUCGGCUCCGGCGCGAGACGGUGAGCGUGCUGGUGAAGCAGCUAUGGGUGGCGGAAGGCGCGCGGGUGUGCGCGCGCGACGUGGCCGCGCCCGCCGCCGCCCCCGGCCUCGUCCCCGCCGCCGCCGCCGGCAGCGACGUCGCCGUCAAGAUGAUGAAGCUAAUGGGGUGGAAGGGCGGCGGGCUGGGCGCGGACGCUAGCGGCAUCGCGGAGCCCAUACAGCCUCACAUACAGAUGGUGAGCCGCGCCGGCCUGGGCAGCGGCGGCGGCGGGGGCGGCGGCCUGCAGCGGCUGCGGGCGGCGGGCGCGCGGCUGAUGGCGCAGUUCGCGGCCGGCGCGGCGUUGGACGUGGACCUGGUGUUCAGCGAGGAGUUCGACAAGGCGGAGCGCGAGGCGCUGCACCGCGCCGCGCGCGCCGCCGGCCUGCUCUCGCGCAGCUACGGCGACGGGGACAGCAGGUUCCUGGUGGUGAGGAGGAAGCUGGACCCGUUCUCGCUGGUGCGCGGCGCGCUGCGCGGCGGCGGCGACACGCGCAAGCACCGCGUGUUCCUGCCCAGCGCGCUGCGUGCGGCGGCGUCUACU